UAUAUGUGUAUAGAUAACAUGAGCAACAGAAAGCGGAAAUCACAGAGCCAGGGAGAUGGAGCAGAGGGCCCAGACGGAGGCUGGGGCUGGGUGCUGGUCGUGGCGAUGUUCGUCAGUACCAGCCUGGUGUUUGGACUGAUGCGCAGUUUGGGGAUCUUCUUUGUGGAGUUUGUCCAGUUCUUUGAGGAGAGCGCUCAGGCCAUCUCCUGGAUCUCAUCUAUCGGCUUGGCAGCGCAGCAGUUCUUCAGCCCGCUCGGUGCAGCUCUAUGUAAUGCAUAUAAUACCAGACUGGUUGUGAUGACAGGAGGUUUUUUUUCCGGACUCGGACUUAUCCUUGCCUCACAGGCCACAUGCCUGGUUCACCUGUACCUUACUAUGGGAGUAAUCACAGGUUUGGGUUGGGGGCUGGUCUUCACCCCCAUGGUGGCCACAGUCAUGGCUAACUUCACUCGUAGACGAGCGCUGGCUGUGGGACUGGGUUUCUCUAGCAUCGGCCUUUCUUCCUUUGCUUUUAACCCUUUCCAGCUGCUAGUGGAGACGUAUGCCUGGCGCGGAGCCCUGCUCAUCCUGGGGGGCCUCAGCCUCAACAUUAUGGCCUGCGGAGCCCUUAUCCGACCACAGUUUCGCUCUAAAGCCUCAACAAAGGUGGACUCACAGAGCAGAUCAUCACGGCCUGACCUCCUGCAGAGAGUCUCCUCCUACCUGGAGGUGUCAUUGCUUUGCGAGACCUAUCUCACCUACACCUUAGGUGUAACGCUUUUUAACUUCGGCUACUUUGUGCCUUUCCACCUGGUGGCCCACAGCCGCCAGGUGGGCUUCUCCGAGUACCGGGCGGCAUUCAUCGUGUCAGCUGCAGGCGUCACAGACAUUUUUGGCCGAAUUGCGUCAGGCUGGUUCUCGGACUUGGGGCGCUUUCGGGCGCUGCAUCUGCUGACCUUGUGGACUUCUUUGGCGGGAGUCUUCAUCAUGCUGCUGCCCGUCAGCUCCUUGACGGGCUCCUAUGCUGUAAUGAUUGUGAUCAGCCUUCUCUACGGUUUCUGCUGCGCUUUGACCUCCAUGGUGUUUGCUGUGAUGCCGAUGAUCAUGGGCGUGGAGCGCAUGAUGGGAGGCCUUGGGCUAUUACAGCUGAUCGAGAGCUGUGCAGGGCUGCUGGGUACUCCCCUGUCAGGUUGGCUCAGAGACGUGACAGGAAACUACACGGCCUCCUUUGUGGUCGCCGGCUCUUUUGUGCUCCUCGGUAGUUUGACCAUAACCACGCUGCCUCACUACUUCUCCUGUGUGGAGCCUCCAUCUCCUCAGAGACCCGUCGUCGUUGACAAGAGCGAGACUUUGAAUUUAGAGCUAGGACAGAAGGACGGCUGCUCGUCUGAACUCAACUAUCAACCCGUGGAACCAAAAGAAAGGUGAUCUUAUCGGGGAACGUCUUUUGUUUGCAAAAGGUGAGAUGGGUGUUAAUAAUACACCUCACAGGAUUAGACCCAAAGCAAUGCACAAUUAACGUGCAUCUUUACCAUACUUGACAAAGAAAUUAAGAAGCAAGAAAACAGUUCUGCGAACAACUAUUGUUGGGGCAAUAAGUGCUGACACACAUUUCGUUUCUGAGUCUAUCAGCAGGAAAUUAUACAAAAGAUGUCGGUAGCAACCCUCGAAAUCCCCAUAUGCAAAGAAAUCGACUGAAGUUAGCACAUAAAUGGUUCACUGGUGUUUUCCUCCACACAAUCUGUCUUUAAAACCUAAAGUUUUGGUUGAGCCUUGCUUCUUGAAUUGAUUUCAAGUUAAACGUUUGACUGAGCCACGCUUACAGCUCAGGUGGCGUCUCUGAGACCGACUGAGAGUUUCCUUGGUUGUGUGUUUCUGAUCAUUGCCUUGCAUUUAAAGCCACACUUGGUUCAUCACUUCAGAUUACCAUCGGGAAGUUUUUGGUUCAGUCAUUUGAGCUUACAAAUGCUAAAAAGACAGGUCCCUUAACAUGACGAUGAUAAGUCUUGACAAACUUCUUUGCUUUUACACGUCGUCAGAUGCGUCUUGCGGGACACCUUGGUCAUAGGACAUGUCUUCAUAGCCUACCAUGUUGCAAUGUCAGGUACGAGGGUGGCUUUCUAAAAGUUGACUGAAGUUGUCAACUGGUUUCUUGGUUUUGUCUUUUGCGUCUCCUUUUCUUCAGCCCAUCUACAUACUCCCUGUGUCAUUCUGCUGUAUCUCACAGAACCAGAUUUUUGUUUUGAUUUUUAAGUAUGAGUGAAUUACAGCGGUGCAUGGUUCAACAUUUUGAACAGAUGGACGGUUAUUACCAACAGUUCUCAUCAGUUUCAUGGCGUUACCCUCCUAAUCGAUAUACUUACUAAGAACAAACCACUGACAUGUUCAACAGACUCAGCUCUGUAAGUCUGAGUGAGCUGCAUAUUUGAAUUUUGCAUUGUCAUGAUUUAUCCUUGGGUUAUUAAACCUGGUUUGCCUGAUAAUUACUAACACAAAUUCAGCCUGUAAUAAAGGCUGGAUUACAACUCUGUGGGGAUUAUCUACA